UGUGUUCAGCCUAUUCAGAGCUCAGGGCAGCUCUAAAUCGGCCGGCACUUGGUUUCGCGGAUGCUGGACCCGAAGUUUUAAGGGAGGAACAUACCUUACCUUCAAACCCCCUCGAAUACGGCCGACUUGUUCUGGGUACGUCCAUAACAAUGCCUCGUGUCUCCUCACUUCUCGUCACGAUUCUGGCCCUUGCGGGGCAGACAUGCCUGGCACAGGCUAGAUCACACCAUGCCUCUAGGGUAUUUCUGGACGGCCGCGAUGUUGACGAGCAGUACGACUACAUCAUCGUGGGCGGCGGCACGGCGGGCCUGACCGUGGCCGACCGGCUUAGUGAAGAUGGCGAGAGCACGGUGCUCGUCGUGGAAUAUGGCGAGCUUAGUGACGCCGCUUCCAUUCGCACCGUUCGAGGAGGGUUCAUGGGUACGUCUAAUAGAAGCCACAUGUAUGACAUUCAAUCUGUCCCGCAGACAAACUUGCGAAACCGGACGAUCUCUGUCCUGGCAGGGAAGGUAGUCGGCGGCUCUAGUGCGGUCAAUGCCAUGAUGACGGUACGAGGGUCGGCAGCCGAUUACACCCGCUGGGGAGGCUUCUUCAGCGACACCUCACACUGGAGUUGGGACGGGUUGCUUCCUUACUUCAAGCGGGCGUUGAACUUCGCCCCCCCUGAUGCAGCCGUCACGAAAUCUGCCAACAUCACGUACGACACAAGGUUCUGGGGCAAUACGUCAGGCGUGUUCGCCGGUUGGCCAUCUUUCCAAUAUCCGGGAACAACUGCACAGAUGGACGCCUUCAGGGGCAUCCCUGGCGUCCCGUUCGUCGAAGACAGCGGAUCUGGCGAACCGGGCGUGUACUGGUACCCGACCUUUAUGGACCCUUCACUCGUAGAACGGUCGUACGCCCGCACCGGACACCACGACAAAGCCGCCAACCGUACGAACUACCACCUGGUUACUCGCUCCAAGGUGCUCCGAGUAAUACUGGAUGGGACCACAGCGAGUGGUGUAUCAUUUGUGCCUGUUGGCUCGGCCACCAACAGCACAACUGAGACCGUGGUCGGUGCGAGAAAGGAGGUGAUCAUCGCGGCCGGUGGGAUCCACAGCCCUCAAGUCCUUCAGCUGAGCGGGAUCGGGCCGCGCAAUCUCCUGACCUCGGCCAAUAUCACGACUUUGGUCGACCUCCCCGGUGUAGGACAAAACUUCCAGGACCACCCAAUGAUUUCAGUUAGGUUCACGUACAGCAACUUCACCUUCCACCCCGCCCCUGAGGAUGCCGUCCUCGACCGGAAUUUCUCAUCCUGGGUAGACACGGUCUGGAAGGCCAACCGCACCGGCCCCAACUCCAUCGCGACGGGCAACGGCGCCGCCUGGCUCCCCUUCCCCGUCAUCUCGGCCCGGUCCGAAAACAUCUCCGCCGCCCUCAGCGCCCAGAACCACACACUCUCUCUCCCCCCGGACACCGACCCAACCGUCGCAGCCGGCUACCGCGCCCAGAUGCUGUCCUACGCCACCGCGCUCCGCAACAACGACACGGCCUUCUACAACCUGGUCAUCUCCGGCGCCAACACCAACAGCAUCCUCGUCGCGCUGCACCCCCUCUCCCGAGGCACCGUCAACAUCGACCCAACCGACCCCUACCACCUCGAACCGCUCGUCGACUACCGCGCCCUGUCCAACCCGCUCGAAGCGCCCAUCAUCGCCGACCUCAUCCGCUUCACGCGCCGCUACUACCUCGACAACCCGCGCACGCGCGCCUGGGCGGCGACCGAGCAGGCGCCGGGGGAGGCCGUGCAGACGGAUGAGCAGUUUGCGGAGAAUUUGGCCAGGACGCUGAAUCCGAGCGAGUAUCACCCCGCGGGCACGUGCGCUAUGAUGCCGAGGGAGUUGGGCGGGGUGGUGGAUGAGGAGUUGAGGGUGUAUGGGGUGGAGGGGCUGAGGGUGGUGGAUGCGAGCGUGUUUCCGACGCUGCCGGGGGGGAAUACUUGUCAGAGUGUGUAUGCGGUUGCGGAGAAGGCUGCGGAUCUGAUACGCUAUGGCCCGCCGAAGACGCAGGAGUAGGUUGAAUGGCGAAGUCGGGGUGUGCGAAGGCACUGGAGUCUAAGUUUAAGCGGUAUAACAUGAUGGGAUUUGAUCUGCCACAACCUGGUCACAAUUUACGUCAAUGCCGGGGCGGCUUGGACACGCUCUCGGGACUAACAGUGUCGGUCUAAAUGGAACUCGAAUCAUCGUUUCGAUACCACCAAAUAGACUUUAUUUGUGUCCUCGAUAACUUCUUUCCGGGGUCAUUUACAUUCC